AUGUCCACACCAACCGUGAUCGUCUUCGGCCCAACAGGCAGCGUCGGCUCCGCAGCUGCCCUCAGCGCGCAGAAACACAGCGCAAAAGUCAUCCUCGCCAUGCGCGACACCACCAAGUCCAUCCCCGGCCUCACUUCCGAGCAAGAAACCACUGGCAACUUCGAACGCGUGCAAGCAGACCUAACCUCACCCGAAAGCAUCCACGCCGCCGUCACAAAAACCGGGGCCAAGCACGCAUUCAUCUACCUCGCUUUUGGCACGGCGGAUGCAAUGCGCGCCAGUAUCGAGGCGCUCAAGGGCGCAGGCAUCGAGACGGUCGUGUUUCUAAGCAGUAUUAGCGUUAGCCUCCACGGCGAUGCCGACGCCGUCCCGCCGAGUGACUUUAUUGCGUUUACGCAUGCGCAGGUGGAGUUGAAUUUGCGGGAUGUCUUUGGUGACGACUAUGUGGCUGUUCGGCCGGCGUUUUUCGCUAGCAAUUCAUUGUGGUGGAAGAGUGGGGUUCUGGAAGGAGAGGUCAAGCUGGCGUAUCCUGAGGCCAGGUUUGAUUUUAUCGCGCCGGAGGAUAUUGGGAGUGUCGCUGGGACGUUUUUGGUGAAGGGCUUGCCAGUUGGUGAAGAUGGGAGCAAGAAAAAUUAUGUCGACCUUGUUGGACCGGAGGAGAUGUCGAUAAGGGAGGCGGUUGGUGUGCUUGGCAAAGCUGUUGGCAAAGAAGUCAAGAUCACCAAGAUCGAUGAGCAGGAGGCACUGCAGGAUAUGAUCAAGGUCAAUGGGUUGCCGGAGCCUGUAGCGAAGACCAUUCUUGACCAGCUCCGCAAGCAGGAGGAAUCAGGUGGCUUCUUCGGUCUACCGGAGGAGGCAUCGGGAAAUGUUCAAAGGUAUACCGGGAGACCGUCAUUGCGCUUUCAUGAGUGGGUGGAUCUGAACAAGGAAAAGUUCCUUGCUUGA